AUGAGUCUACCACUAUGGAGCGAGGGCAGUGAGAGGGGCUCUCAGACAGAUAACACUGUUGAAAUAAGCGACAUUGAGGCGCAGAGUAAUAUCUCCGAAAAGAGAUCAGACCCAAGUGUACCUUUGUCAAUGGGAGAAGGAAAAGCGAUCCCUCCACUAUUGCCAGACGAAGAUGAUUAUAUCGUCACAUUCGACGGCCCGGACGAUCCGGAACAUCCUUUCAACUGGAGUUUCACUGUGAAACUAUACACCUCAAUUAUGGUGUGUUUUGGCACCUUCAUUUCAUCUUUUGCGAGCGCGGUGUUUGCCCCAGGAACUGCGGGCGUAGCCAAGGCGUUUGGAGUAAGUACCGAAGUCGGAAUUCUUGGGACAACUCUCUUUGUUCUCGGGUUUGCAUCUGGCCCAAUGUUCUGGGCGCCGUCUUCCGAGUUGAUCGGAAGGCGAUUACCCCUGACUGUGGGCAUGUUCGGUGUGGCGGUGUUCAGCAUUGCCUCUGCUGUCGCGAAAGAUAUUCAGACUGUUAUCAUCUGCCGCUUUUUUGCUGGGCUAUUCGGCGCCAGUCAGCUCUCAGUGGUUCCAGCCGUACUAUCAGACCUUUUUAAUAACAUUCAGCGUGGACCUGCUAUCACCGUUUACUCACUUGCAGUGUUUGUUGGCCCCUUUAGUGGCCCUUUUAUUGGCGGGUUCAUCUCGUCCAGCUUCCUCGGCUGGCGAUGGACACUCUAUAUCCCCGCGUUCAUGGGCUUCGCAUGUUGCAGUGUAUUUGUACUGUUUCUAAAAGAAACCUAUGCUCCAUGCCUGCUCAUUUCAAAGGCAGAAGUACUCCGGCAACAGACCUCCAACUGGGGAAUUCAUGCUAAACAAGAGGUGGUAAAGGUUGACUUCCAGGAGUUGGUUGAAAAGUAUUUUACGCGGCCAUUGCGAAUGUUGAUCACCGAGCCCAUUAUCCUGGUUGUCUCCCUCUACAUGUCCUUCAUCUACGGACUCGUGUACGCCCUGCUGGUAGCCUAUCCCUACGUAUUCGAGUCAGUCUAUGGGAUGAAUCCUGGGCUCAGCGGCCUCACCUUUUUUGGUCUCAUUAUUGGCCAAGUGCUAGCAUGCGGCUUUGUUCUCUCUCAGCAAUCCAUCUAUGUGAAGAAAUUAAUUGCGAACAAAAACGUCCCCGUCCCCGAAUGGCGGUUACCGCCCGCUAUUAUUGGUGCCCCGAUUUUCACCGUGGGAGUAUUCUGGUUCAGCUGGACGGGCUUUACGUCGACAAUCCAUUGGCUUGCUCCAACUGCCUCGGGAGUUCUCAUCGGGUUUGGUAUCCUGUGCAUCUUCCUUCCCUGUUUCAACUACCUGGUCGAUUCCUACCUUCCACUUGCUGCGUCUACCGUUGCUGCGAAUAUUAUUCUCCGAUCUAGCGUCGCCGCCGGCUUUCCCCUGUUUGCCAAGCAGAUGUUCAAGAAUCUCGGGGUGCAGUGGGCGGGCACCCUGAUCGGAUGUUUGGCGGCGAUCAUGAUUCCGAUCCCGGUGGUAUUGAAGAAAUAUGGGCCGCGGCUACGGGGGAAGUCGAAACUCAUGCCAUAA